UAAUUUUCGAAAAUCAUUCUUCUACUACAUGUGUGUGGAUAAAUAGUGGGAAAUGAUUUUUUAUUUGUUUUUGCAUCCCAUAUUUCAAAGGGAACUAAAAUGAUUGAUAUUAUUAAAUUUGUUUGCAUAUUUAAUUAUAUUACUCUUUAAGUAUACAAAUACACACACACAUAUAUGCGAUUAAAUUUAUCUCACGUCAAAGUUAAUUCAUUAGACUUGAUCAAAUUUAUUUCUCCCAUAUAUUAAAUUUAUCACACACACAAUGUCAUCCUACUACUAUAUCAUUGCACUCUAUCUACAUGCAUAUAAACGUGAUCUUAUCUAUCAUUUGAAGAUGUUGCAAUUGAAAAUAACUUUCAGUUUGUGACUAAAACUUCAAGAAAAAAGGCUUGGAUGUCAUUUGUGUUGAUGAAAAAUGUUUUUGGGCCGUGCGUGGUGUUCGCUUUCCUAAUGUGCAAUUCUUUCAAAUACACAGAUUUGAUUCAUAUCAUUCUUGUUUAGUGGACUUUAGAGAAGGUGAUCACAGGCAGGCAACAUCUGACAUUGUUGCAGGCAUUGAAACUCAUCGGUAUUCAAAUGCUUCAAAGAAACCUUAUUUGCCCAAUGAUUUAAUUGAAGACAUGCGUAGAAAAUACGGUAUAUCUAUGUCGUACCGUAAAGCAUUGGCAGUGAAACGACAUUCAAUGAAACUUCUGUUUGGGUUUGAUGAAGAGUCAUAUCAGUUACUACCAUCCAUGUGCCAUGUUCUUGAAAUUGCUAAUCUAGAACCUUUGAUAAACCUUGUUCGUCAUGGUGAUUCCGUUUUCAAGUAUUUGUUCCUAUCAUUGUCUGCAUGGUGCCAAGCUAGGGAUCAUUGUAUUUCAGUGCUUAUAGUUGAUGAGACCUUUAUGAAGUCCUAUUUUAAGGGGGCUUUGCCGACUGUCUGUACCAGAGAUGCCAAUCGUCGGCUUGUUUCACUUGCUUUGGGAUAUGUGAUUCUGAAAAUAAGGAUUCCUAGAAUUGUUUUUUUCUCAGUUGAAGUUAGCUCUUUCUUACUGACACAAUUUAUAUAUCGUUUCUGAUAGAAAUUCUGGUAUUAUU